AUGUCGUAUACAGGCCCGCGGCCACGCUCGGCGCUGCCACACUUUUGCGACUACCCCACCCCGAACCUCGAGAACCCGGAACCGACCGCUAGUCUGCUCGACUCACGACGACCAUGGACCAUGGCCGCCGUCGCGGUAGACAGUUGGGGACCCGAGGCCAAAGAAAAUCCCGAGGCGGGAAAAGAGACGAGGUCAAAGUGCAAAACGAAUUGUGCACUUUUCGCCCGGCGUCCAGGAGAGCUCAAACAGAGGCUCGACGCGACUAGUGAAGCCCCUGCGAUCUCAGUUUCUCUCCCUGUCGGGCCGGGCAGCUUGGUCAACACGGAGGCCGAUGCGGUGGGGUACCUAGACAAAGUCUUCCGGCACAUUGGCGAGAAGGCGGGAGGGAGACCUGAAGUUACAGCCGAGAGCCAAAAGAGCGCCAAGCGCGUUAAGCGGGAGGGACAGCAACUGGUUGAGAUUCCCGUCCACGGCUGGGGCCUCGCCAGGACGUCUCCUCGGUGGCGUCCCCGCCAGCAGCUGCGGCCGUCCCUCUCGAACGACAAGGGCGGCCGGAAGGCGGCUCACGUCGGUGCCCACGAUGCCACCAAGACCAUCUACAGCUGGAAGUCGAUUCGAGGCUGA